UAAUAGUUGGCAACACUGGUUAAAUAUCACGUUGAUUUUGAUAGUUACUGUCAAUUUGUAAAUGUUUGAAUCUUAACCGUCAUAUAUGUUAUUAUUAGUUAAAAGUUUUUAGUUGUAAGAAUUUAUUGUUUGAAUUUGUAAGAAAUGGAUCGUUCGCCAACCUUUCAUCAGUCAGUGGUCAACAGUGGUUCUAGACAAUCCCGAAUUCCUGUAAAAGAUAGUCAAAGGAAAAGUCGAUUUAGUCGUAGUUCAAGCAACGCAAUACGAAGGGUUCCCUCAUCUUCCCAUCUCGCGGUUCCUCAAAAUUACCGAAACGUUCGAUCAAAAAGCUGUGUUAAUUUGCAAGAUUUAUGUGCAACACCGCUUACGUCAUGUUCAUCAUCCAGUAUAAGAACACCUCUAAGUAGUGGUUCAAAGUAUUCAGUAAUUAAUACAGAAUUUUUAACCUCUCAAUUUUCAAGGGUUAAAAAAUAUUUUAGAAAUAAAGACCCUACCAUACAGACUUUAAAACCUCUCACAAUGGCCGUAUACGUACAAACCAUGAAAAUACUAUGGAAUGAAAUUGAUCCCAGAAUAGAAAUAGAUCCGAAAAAAAUCGAUGCUAUUGGUGAAUAUCUAAAACUAUUCAAGUUCCCUUCGCAGAUAAAAAUGUCCGUUUUAAAGGCUCCAACAGUACCUCAUAAUUUCCAGUAUAUUUUAUCCAUUUGGGUUUGGCUUUUGGAUGAAAUUGAGGCAAUACAUAAGAUUUUAGAUGCAGAGCAAUCUAAUAAACAUAGAAUAGGUUUUAAGUUUUUCAUGGGUCGUUUUAAAGACAUGUCUGAUAAGAAUGGUGGAUCAGAAAAGAUUACUGAAACAUUUCGCCAAAGCUGUAAAGAAUACCUUUACAAGGAAAACAAGUUAAGAAUGCAAAGUUACGAAGAAUGCCAACAAAUCGAAAAGAAAGUACGACGAGAUCUACAAGAAGCCACUGAGAAAAAUGUUACCCUUAAAACACGUUUAAAUGAGAUACAAGCAAAGAACAGGGAAAUAGAAUUACGAAACACUGUAGCCAUUAAUGAACGCGAUCGACUUGAAAGGGAUGAGGAAGUGUUACAAAAUAAAUACCUUAAUAGUCUUGAGGAAGAAAAGCAACUGAAGAAAGCACUAAAUGAUCAACCAUGUUCUUUGGAGGAAUGGAAAAAAAUUGUUGAAGAACAUACUUUAUUAUCUUUUGAACUUGAAUUAAAAAGUAAGCAAGAAAAUGAAAAUAAAGAGCAAUCUUCACAAAUCGAUAUGGAAUUAAUGGAUGUUAAAUGUAAAAUAAUUAAUGUGAUUGAAAAUAUAAAUAGUACUAUUAUACGCCAUUUAAAGUAUUUACCGAAAAUGCAGGAGUUUUUAAUUCCUCAGAAAGGACAUUUGCAAGAAAAUAUGUCGCAGUUUUGGACAAAUUUAGACAAUGUUGUCAAAAAGCACGACACUACAUGAUUCACGGAUCCAUUGACGAAUGAAAGAAGCAUAGUAGCACUGAAUCAAUUAAUAUUUUUCGAAAUGUGCGCCAUUCGUUGCAGGUCUCGGAGUCGACAAUACAGUAACUUAAGAAAGAACACCACAAAACAUGAUUCACAGUAACUAUACUCUGUUUUUAAA